AUGAGCGGGCAACCACCAGCUGCCGCGCCAGCUGCAAAUUAUGCCGCGCAGCCGGCAACCUCACCAACUGUUCCAGCAGCGGCGGCGGCGGCGGCGGCAGCAGCAGCAGCUGGCAAUGCUGGCACCACUGGUGGUGCCAUGUCAAACCAGAAUCUCAACCAGAUCGUAACCGAUUAUUUGCUCAAGAGAGGAUUUAAUCGCACUGAGGAGGUAUUUCGACAAGAAUCUAAACACUUGGGGCCAGAUGGAAAGCCCAUCCAGCAACUGGCAAACAUCGGUCCCAAGAAAUAUCAGAAAGCUUUUCAUCUUUUGAAGGAAUGGGUAGACAACAAUUUAGAACUGUACAAGUUUGAGCUGUCAAAGCUUCUCUGGCCCAUUUUUGUAUACUCCUUCCUUGAACUCGCUGGACAUGGCUACACAGAUGACGCCAAAACAUUUCUCAAAGAAUUGAGCAAUUAUUUCCAACCUGUACAUGCGGAUGACCUCAGGACAUUCUCCACAAUAACAUUACCUCAGCAUGUCGCUGAGAACCCUACCGCGAAGCUGUACAAGGAGAACAAGUACCGAAUACCACUUAACCAACACGCCACCGGCGAUUUAUUCAACUUUCUGGAGAGAGAGUCCGAGCAAGGGGGCUCCGUCAUUCGUCAGCUUCUUGUUAGCUUUUGUCAAAUUGACUCAACUGCCCGCGGGCCCAUUACUCCUUUCAGCUUCGAAGCCGUCUUCAGACGUUCUAAGAAUGCUGACAUUGAAGAAGUUGAUGCCAAGGAGGGUAUCCCUGGAGUCAACAUCGGUCUUUCGAACAAAGAUAUACUCGACCCUGCUCAGCCGCUUAAACUGGGACCUCUGCCAAUGGAUUCUGAUUUGCGGGAUGAUGUACGCGCUGAGAUUGAGGAUGAGGAAAAGCGAAACCCACCUGCCGAGGGCGCCAGUAGCAUCCUUGCAGACUUUGACCUGAAGAUCAAGCGCGAGGAAGAUGCAGAUGCCCCGAGCAGAGCCGAUCUGCCAUUGCCACCUUCCAGACCACGGGAUAUUAUGCUCGAAAUGCAAAAGGUCCGAGAGAACCGUGACCGGUUCAGGAUUGACGGCCGCACGGGCGGCAUUGGAACAUCCGUCAGUGCCUGCAUGUUUACGUUUCAUAAUACGUUUGGCACUGUGUCCUGCAUGGACUUUUCUGAUGACGGGCAGCUAGUUGCGGUCGGCACAAGCGAGUCUUAUAUUCGCGUUUGGUCGCUAGAUGGCAAGGGCCUUCCUACAAUGAACGCUCAUGAAAAAGAUGCCAAGUUCAACAGUCGCAAGUUGAUUGGUCAUGCUGCAUCAAUAUACGAUGUUUCCUUCUCCGAGUCGGCAUCUGGCCCCGCCCAGAGGCUCUUUGGUGACGAAGGCCGACAUAACCCUUUGAUGGAUGGAAGGCCGAAACUCCUGCUGUCCUGUUCAGCUGACGGCCAUGUGCGACUGUGGUCGUUGGAGUCCUGGGCAUGUCUCUGUCUCUACAAGUCUCAUGAUGGUCCUAUAUACCGGACGCUCUGGGGCCCACACGGACACUACUUCAUAAGUGGCGGUUACGACAAGGUGCUGCGUGUGUGGAUGCAAGACCACGCCUCACCACAACGCCUCUUGGUGGGACAUGAUACUGCCAUAUCAGCCAUUGCUUGGCACCCAAACGGCAUGUACGUAUUCUCUGCCUCUGACGAGACGGACAAGUCCAUUCGAAUGUGGUCUGUGGUAACCGGAGCCUGUGUGCGAGUCUUUGCCGGCCACACUGAUCACAUCACGGCUCUUGAGUGCGCUCCAAGUGGAAAGAUCUUGGCCAGUGCAGAUCUGGCGGGUAACAUCUUCUUCUGGGACCUUGCCAAAGGCACUCGUGUCAAGCGUUCCCGUGGCCAUGGGCGCGGCGGGAUUUGGUCGCUAAGCUUUAGUGUGGAAUCCAACGUCCUUGCUUCAGGCGGACAGGACGGUACAGUCCGGCUGUGGGACGUGGAAGAGCCAGUUGACCCUCAGAAGGCUGCCGCUCAGGCUGGUUUGGAGGCUGGGACCGCUUCGGCAGCCGCAGAUGGCUCUACUACGACCGGUGCAGCCACAGAUGCUUCUCGUUCCAAUGCCGCUGCCGGUCAAUCCUCGGCUGUUCCGACUUCCACUGGAACGCAAAAGAAGAAGGGCAAAGAAGUCAUGGUGACACAUGAUCAAAUCAGUGCCUUUCCCACCAAGAAGACUCCUGUUAUGAGGGUCAAGUUUACGCGAAUGAAUCUUGUCAUGGUUGGUGGCUGUUACGACCCCGAACGAUAG